AUGUCAGAGAACCAAGGCAACCACCAUCACCACCCAAUGAACAAUAAUGUGGGCGGUAGGGCCCCUGCCGGAAACAACCGUGGGGUCCGCAACCUCAACCAGAACCCCCUCAUCAACGUACGUGACCGCUUGUUCCAUGCCCUUUUCUUCAAGAUGGCCGUCACCUACGCCCGCCUCUUCCCACCUUCCUUCCGUCGUAUAUUUGAAUUCUUCGUACUUCUCAAGGUAAAGUGGUUUUUUUGUGGGGGAGUGGGGGAGGUUGACUGCGUUCAACAUCUGAGGCCCUUCUUUGUGUACCCUCUUCACGUGAGGGUGGCAACAUGAGAACAGGGCCUUUUCUGCAGUGGCUCCUUGUUUGUGGAAUACUCUCCCCAAGGAGGUUUGCCUGGCGCCUCCACUAUAUAUUUUUAGGCACCAUAUGAAAACAUUCCUCUUCAACUAGGCCUUCGGCUGAUUAAUAUCCUACAGCCUUUUAAAUGUAUCUGUGGGAAGGGGUGGGGGUUGUUGUUUUGGUUCAAUUAUCUUGUAUUUUGUUAUGUGAACUGCACUGAGAUCUUUUGAGGAAGGGUGGUAUAUAGAUUAAAUAAAUGGAUAAAUAAAAAUCAAAUACAGUGGUGCCCCGCAAGACGAAUGCCUCGCAAGACGGAAAAACCGCUAGACGAAAGGGUUUUCCGUUUUGGAGUUGCUUCGCAGGACGAAUUUCCCUAUGGGCUUGCUUCGCAAGACGAAAAUGUCUUGCGAGUCUUGAGAUUUUUUUUUCGCUUUCCCCCCCCUUUAUCUAAUCUGCUAAGCCUUUAAUAGCCUUUAAUAGCCUUUUAGCAGCUAAUCCCCUAAGCCUUUAAUAGCCGCUAAACCGCUAAUAGCGCUAAUCCGUUAAGCCGCUAAUAGGGUUGCUUCGCAAGACGAAAAAACCGCUAGACGAAGACUCUCGCGGAACGGAUUAAUUUCGUCUUGCGAGGCACCACUGUAUGUUGUGCUGCGGGGACCUUUAACUCAGAUCAGGCCUCCUCCUUGCCUGGGCGGAGCAGAGAGAAGGUGUGUAGGAACUAGUCUACGCAAAGUAAAAAAUACAUUUCUUGCUCUGCCCACUUUUGCCCCUGGCCCCACCCAACACUGGCCCCUCCUGAAGGUUUCUCAAUGUGCUCCUCUGUCAGAGAAAGGCAAGGAAGCCCUUAUAUAUCAAGGAAGCCUUUACUUUCCACCUGCUGAAUCCUAAACACUUCCAGUUUCAAACAUACAUUUAACACAGCAUUUGCGCACAGUCACAUGGAAAUAAUUUGUGGCACAUAAAUUUUGAGUUGGAAACACUUUCCCUCCCCACUCCUCUCUUAAGCUUUUACAGGAUUCUUCCUGGUUGGCCGGUUGCAACAUUUAACCGACACAGGCGAUUAGCAGGGUUUGAAAUUAGCAGGGCGCCAGGUGCAUUUUGCGCCAAAAUAUUAUCCAUUUGCGAGCACCUCAAAAAAUCUGGGUGCCAUUUUUUGCGCCCAGCUGAUGCUCAAGGAUUACUGUAAAGUAUGUGCUCUGAAGCCUCAAAGUUAAAGAUAGACACUAUGUUAAGGAGUUUAAUAAUAAAGAGUAGAGUGUUUUGAAAACUGAAGUAUGGUACCAGUAUUUUUAUUGUAAACACCAAAUUAAUGUGUAUUAACAAUUUCUGAUAAAAACGUGAUAUUAGCAAUGUGUCUCAUGUGAAUUGCGUAUUAGUUCAUGCUUACCAAAAUUACAAUUAGUGUUGCCGACCCCCCCAAAAUGGCGACUAGACAUUCUGUUUUGGCGCCCACAGCCCAGGUCCCAGGAGCCAUUUGGCUCCUAGCUUUUCCAUCCCAGUUUUUAAGACUGGCAACUAGCCAGUCUUAAAAACUGCCGCAUUGCAGGGGGUUUAACAGGAUGACCCCUGGGGUACCUUCCAACAUCACAACUCUUAAGAAAUAGGAAGGUGGGGUUUUUCGGUGGCUUAAGCACACACCAGAAGUGUUAGGAAUGCUAAUGUUGAUAUCUGCUGUAGCUUGGUUGUAGAGCUUGCAAAAGCUCCUCGUUUGAUCUCUAGCAUCUUUGGAUAGAGCUGAGAAAGGCCUUUGACUGGAGAACCUGUGCCUGUCAUUGCGUUACAGUUCUGGGUUUGGAUGGCCAGGUAAAAAAAGGAAGUUUCUUCUCUGUUAACCCCACAAAAACAGCCCUCCUAGCAGAACUUAUUGAGAGCUGUCAACUUGUGUGGACAGUUUUGCGAGUCCAGGCUCAUAGAAUUGCAGAGGGGAGCUUGUAGGUCAUUCAUUCAAGCUUCUUGCUUGAGGCAGGAAAUCCUGACAAGUGCUACAUCACUUUGUGUGGGGCUGCCCUUGAAGACUACCUAAAAAACGUCAACUCAUCCAAAAUACAGCUGUCUGUUUACAGGCUGGCUUCCAUUUUGGACUUGCAUGACCCUUGUUAUACAACAGCUGCAUUGGUUGACAGUUCAUUCCUGGGUCCAGUUCAAGGUGCUGAUAUUAGUAUUCAUGACUCGGGUACCAAAUAUCUAAGUUGACUUUGGCCGCUUCCCUUCAGACACUCUAGGGAGGGGUCUCUCACUGGAGGGGGGGGUCCCUCUUGGUAGUGCCACUGCCCUCAGAGUUUUAGGGUGGUGAUGACUCGGGAGAGAACAUUCUCUGGAAGCUCCUCCAAACAGUCAGCCAAAGUCUACCGUCCUGUAACUCCUUUGGCUCUACUCAACCCACUUGGCCAAGACUCAAGGAGACCAGAGUUAAAGUGCAAUGACUUCUGGGAGGCCCCGGGGGUCCCUAUCCCUGUUGUAAACAUUUGAGGAAGUUUCCUGUUCAUUCAGCCUUUCAAAUCAAUACACAGAAGCUAACUAGCCCACAAAAAUUCUCAGUCAACAGCUUUUUUUUGGGGGGGGGGUGUCCAAAAAACUUCCUCUCAUCUUUGUGUGGUCUGGGAUGUGUCCAUGAACUCUGCUGAUGCCUCUAUAGGACAGAGUGGGGUGUGUAAGUGUGUGAAUGUCAGGCACUGGUUGGAUGCAGAGGGAUGGUGGGAGGUACCAGCAGAGGAACCCCCAAAGGAAGAAGGCUCAGAGCCUGGGGAUUGGUGAUGGGACAGUGAUUCUCAUAGAAUCAUAGCGUUAGAAGGGACCCUGAGGAUCAUCUAGUCCAACCCCCUACAAUACAGAAAUAUGCUGCUGUCCCUUAUGGGGAUUGAACCUGUAACCUUGGUGUUAUCAGCCCUGCACUCUAACCAACUCUAACCUUGGUCGGAGGGAGAAGAAUGGGAAGAGGUAGAGUCGGAAGCUGAAGGGGUAACAGGACUUAGUGAGCAGGGAGAGUCUGUGGCAGAGAGCAGUCCGGAAUCAGAGGCGGAAGCUGCAGCAGAAGAGGAGGGAGGCCAAGAUUAUGAGUCCAGCUGGUGCAGUCACGGCUGUCUCCCCCUCCUGCUGCGACAAUCUCCCCUCCCCCCUUGUCUCCCAGAACCAGGAGAGGCAUGAAAGGUGGAGGAGAGGUUGCCUACACUCUGGCGCAGUCUCUGAUUGCUUGGAGAGGAGGGGACUUAGAUGGCUGUGGAGAGGCAGGGACUUUUAGUCUUGGCAACUGAUCCAUGGGUGCAAGUCCUAUUGGGCAUGAGUUCCUGUGCCCAUUACCCCUGACCCUCCACCAGGUCUGUGCAGAUCCUGUUCUAAUAAAGAGUUAACUUCAAUGUGCAGGGUGUGAUUUAUUGCUGGCUGGCUCCUGUCAGUGUGUCUAGAAACUAGCUUGCCAUCUAUUGCCUCUAUUGGCAUCUGCCUCUAUUGCCCCACCCACUGGCCCCAGCCAGCACAGUCAUGUGACCCCAGGAAGGUUGACCCUCUGAUAAUGCCACUUGCUUGUUCAGAUGGAGGAGAGAGAGACAGAUGCGAGUGUGCAGAAACUAGCCUGUGGCACUACUCUAAGAAGGGAAUGCGGUCCUCGAUUCCUGUUUCUCCUGCUUCUAAUUUUUCCGCCUCUCUCCUCCCUCUUCCAGGCCCUGUUUGUGCUCUUCAUCCUGGCGUAUAUCCACAUUGCCUUCUCCCGCUCCCCCAUCAACUGCCUGGAGCACGUCCGAGACAAGUGGCCGCGCGACGGGAUCCUGCGGGUGGAGAUCCAGCGCAACUCCAGCCGCGCCCCCAUCUUCCUCCAGUUCUGCGAGAGCGACCGUUUCCCGGGUAUGGUGGUUGAGGCAGCUGGCGGGGAGGAGGAGGAGGAAGAAGAAGAGGAGGAAAUGAGCGUGGAGAUGUUUGAGAACAGCUCCAUCAAGGUAGGGUGGAGCAGAGCAGACCAUCUCUAAGUGGGUGGACUCUCUCCUUCGUUAGCAGUUUCUAAACAUAGGUUAGACGCAGCUUUCAAAACUCCCAUUGUUCUUGGUGCAUGGGAAGUAUGGCUUUGCUUUUUGCAGUCUUCAGAUGAGGACUAGAACAUGUGAAAAACGAACAUAAGAUCUUAGCUGCCAUUCAUUCAUUUUCAGGUCUGUAUUCUUGUUAUAAAAAAAGCCUGCUUAGACACUCGGUUUCAGCGCCCGUGACCUAGGUUUAAGGUUCCUUUAGCUCCUAGCUUUCAUGUCUCAGUUUCUAUCACUGGUUGGACGGCCGCCUGCAAGGGAUUCUUUAGCUUUGAUUCUUGCAUUUCAGGGGGUUGGAUGUAUGAGCCUAAAGGGGUUUCUUCCAACUCCAACGUUCUGUGAUUCUGUAGGAUGACUGCCUCACCCACUGUAUUCUUUUCCCAUCUCCUUGCUGUGGAGAUCCUCUUGGGUACGAUCCGUCAUCACUGGUUCUCCCUGCUGGGAAUGCAAAACCUGGAUGCUUUUUAGAGAGAGGACUUCUCAGUGGCUAAUUGAGGCCCCAAGGAACUGUUUGUGAGCAGCCUCAGUUACAAGGCAUUGCGUAAGCAACACCAACAGCUGGGAAACCCUAAGUGUGGACAUUCUGGGCCUCUUUAUUCGGGGACUUUCCCCGAAGCCAUGCACCCUCACCAGCCCUGCUCCUCACCCUCCUUGAGCAUUUUUUGCCUGGCUGAAAUGUGUCCUUGCACUCUGAUCGUGACUCUUGCUUCCCUAGAUAGUGGAGCAGGAGAGCUGAAAAUAAUGCCAAUAUAUUUCACCUCUGGCAACCCAUGUGCCCCUUUGGUUUCAGUUAGUACAUGAGUAAACGAGUCUAAAAAUCCCUGGGCACAAAUUUUCACGGCCCUCCACUGACUCUGGUGGCUCAUCUACUAGAGGUAAUGUAUUUUGUGCCAACUCUGGAGGUGUGUACUUGAUUCUGACAAAACUCAGCCUCCAAGAUGCUCAUUGUCUUUUAAAGCCAUCAGACUCCUGUCCCGUCAGAUUUCACUCCCAUCUAGUCCCAGAGCUAGACAGUUGCUUCUAGGAAGCCGUCGAGUAAUGAAUGAUUUAUCAGCACAGCUUUGAAAGGUUCAGCCCUAUUUUCUUGAUUCAGAAUUGGGUCCAGUUGUAUCCCUACUUGGACGAAAACAUGCUUCUUGAUCUUGGGAACCGUCAUGCAAAAUAUGGUUCGAUAUUAUAAAGAGGUUACAAAUAACAUUGCGAACAAACAGCUUUCCAAAAAUAUAUAGGGUUUGUCUCUGCCUUUAGUCCUACUCAGAGUAGACUCAUUGAAAUUAAAAGGGGUGACAUUACAGCCUAUUAAUUUUAGUGGGUGUACCCUUGAGUAGAACUUUGUUGGAUGCAGCCCAUAUAGUAAGGUAAAGGGACCCCUGACCAUUAGGUCCAGUCGUGGCUGACUCUGGGGUUGCGGCGCUCAUCUCACUUUACAGGCCGAGGGAGCCGGCGUACAGCUUCCGGGUCAUGUGGCCAGAAUGACUAAGCCGCUUCUGGUGAACCAGAGCAACGCAUGGAAACGCCGUUUACCUUCCCGCUGGAGCGGUACCUAUUUAUCUACUUGCACUUUGAGGAGCUUUCGAACUGCUAGGUUGGCAGGAGCAGGGACCGAGCAAUGGGAGCUCACCCCGUCGCAGGGAUUCGAACCGCCAACUUCUGGUCGGCAAGUCCUAACGCACAGCGCCAUCCGCGUCCAGCCCGUAUAGUAAAUGUAUGCAAGUUUUUGGCAGGUGUCUGAAACAGUACAGUGAAGGUGCCUGCCUCAUAUCAAGAGGCAGGGAGUUCCAGAGGGCAGCUGCUGCCACAUUGAAAGGUCUGUUUCUCACUAGUGCAGAAAAACAUUAUGUGGUCCUGCUGGGCUGGGUUUUUGUUUCAUUUCUUCCAAGCCCUACAGAGCUGGCAAUAAUUAACGGGUCCUCUUCCCCACCCACCAAACAGUAAUUUCCUUUCCUCCCUUGCGAUCGAACCAGCAUGUAGUACAUUAAAGGUUUGUUAAACCAAAUUAAUGCCUUGUGUGAACAAAUUGCCAGGAGUCCCCGGGUGGCAACGCAGCUGAUUUAACUCACUCAAUUUACUCCUUAAUUUCAUUUAAUUUUCUCCAAUAUGGCUCCUCUUUUAUAUAUAUAUAUAUAUUUCCAUUUGCGUUGAGUGCAACCCAGAACGGGGAUUAAAUAAACCAGCUGAAAGCUACCAUUUGCUGUCUGCCACCGCAGUUGUGCUUCGUAUUAGACCUCAUCUAGCCUUUCAGGGCUGGGGGACUAUUUCAUUUCUCUGUUUAGAGAUUAUUUUGCCUUGGGGGAGGUUGGCAGGAGGCUGCGGGGGCUUGUGUGUGUGUCUAGCUUCUCCAUAUGGCUGUUUAAAGGUUGCUGCAUGUUAUAAAAGUAAUUUUGGAUCCUUAACGAUGACGCGCUAUUUCUCUGUGCCACAACAAAUAUUUUUCCUGAGAGGAGCUGUCAAACGCAGCGUAAACGACUAGAUUCUUUAUCGCCCCCUGAGAGAAAUGCCUUGUUGCUUAUAGUGCACAAAAGUACAGAGGCUGAUCCCGCAGAUGCAGCAAAUGGGUCAGAUGUGACAGUGCAUCUGCAUUCUCAUUCAGGGUUAGGCAGGGUGGGGUCCUCAAGAUGUUACUCCCAUUUAUUUAGGCUCUUAGCCAUGUUCAUUAUGCUGCAGACACACCAGGCUGCCAUGAUCUUUGACACCUGAUAUAUGUGGUUGGUUGGCAUCCGUCAGUCUUGGGAGACAAUGGAAGAGUGUGCCUUAGCAGGUGGAAUCAACCUGCUGGAGAGUUGCAGCUCCUGCUGUGGCUGCAGAGACUGAAGCGGGAGAGACGCACUUUAUUGCAUCCGGGGGAGAUGAAGGCGUGUGUGUGUGUGUGUGUGUGUGUGUGUGUCUGUCUGUCAGGACUCACCCUCUUCUUCAGACUGUAAAUCGUUUUAAUGGUUUUGGAUAUUGCUUCUUUUAAAUUGCUGCCAUGUGUCCUGCAACCUUAUGGCAGACAAAUAAUAAUAAUAGAAGCCAAUGAGUUAGAUCGGUGGUUCCCAAAAAUACUGGGUCACUGCCCCCUUGGUUCCAUCCCCAGUGCCUCCUACCCUACCCUAUAAAAAGGUAAAGGGGCCCCUGACCAUUAGGUCCAGUUGUGGCCGACUCUGGGGUUGCGGCGCUUAUCUCGCUUUAUUGGCCGAGGGAGCCAGCAUACAGCUUCCGGGUCAUCUGGCCAGCAUGACUAAGCCGCUUCUGGUGAACCAGAGCAGCGCACGGAAACGCCGUUUACCUUCCCGCCGGAGCGGUACCUAUUUAUCUACUUGCACUUUGAUGUGCUUUCAAACUGCUAGGUUGGCAGGAGCAGGGACCGAGCAAUGGGAGCUCACCCCGUCGCGGGGAUUCAAACCACCAACCUUCUGAUCGGCAAGCCCAAGGCUCAGUGGUUUAUCCCACAGCACCACUCGCAUCCCUUACCCUACCCUAUAAAAAGCCCUAAAAUUCAAAACAGUAAAACAAUUGCACGUUUCGCCCCCCCCCCCAAAUCCUGUUUAAGCUAUUUAAUAGGGCUGGACGAUACCUGGUUUCAACAUUGUGAUAUAUCGCCAGCUAAACAUUGCAAUCUACUGAUAUAUCACAGUGUCUGAAAUGAGGAUGGAGCUAUGUAGAGGCAUUGGCUGGCUUCACGUUGUAAUUUUUGCAUAGCACCCCCCCACACACAUUAUGAUUCAUUAUAUAUUGCCAGGUGAAAAACUAUGCAACCAACAUCAUGAUUGGGACUUCAGACCAGUUUUGGACAAUCCAGUACAUCACUAUAUUGCCCAGUCCUAUUAUUUAGCUGAAUUAAUUCAACACAAUGGAUGAACUUGAUCCAGUGAUGCUAGCGUUUCAGAGUCUAGUGGCCAUUUACACCUCCCGCUGCCCCCCUGCUGCCCCCUUGCCCCUUAGCAUCCCCCCAGGCAAUGCCCACUUUGGAAACCACUGAGUUAGGAGGACUAGUGGAUCUGAUGUUUGGUAGAAGGCAGCUUCUGCGUUUCCCUGAACUCUUCUCCUCUGUUUCCGCUGAUCCCAGUUUGAGCUGGAUAUCGAGCCCAAGGUCUUCCUCAAGCCCCCCCGCCUGGGCGGCGCCAAGGUGCCAGCCCCCAACGAGAGCCAAGAGUUCUCCUUCAGCGGCGAGCCGGCGUCUAAAGGUAUGCAGCCCCUCAGCGAGACGGUGUCCCAGUUUGAGAUGCUAGCCAAAGCAGGUAAAGAGACGACAUUGCAGACCCUUUAAAUAACCCUCCUUCCCACUCCUCACCUUUGCCACACCCUUCCCUUUGCACCUGCCACUUUCCUUUUCUUUCGGUGUUUGCCUCCUCUCCUUGUGUGUGGGAGAGGUUCCUUUUUGAGAGGGAGUGGGGCCACGGCAGAGAAGGCCCCGCCACCUGCGCACUCUCGGGGCAUGCAGCCUUUGAAACUGACCCGCUCUCAAUGACCUUAAUGCCAUGGAGAGGGGCGGGCAGCGAUAUUAAGAGGUCAAAAAGAUGCACUUUUUAUAGAAGAAUGGAGGCAUUGGGGGGUGGGGACUAUUUGGAAAAGCACUACAGUGGUGCCCCGCAAGACGAAUGCCUCGCAAGACGGAAAAACCGCUAGACGAAAGGGUUUUCCGUUUUGGAGUUGCUUUGCAGGACGAAUUCCCCUAUGGGCUUGCUUCGCAAGACGAAAAUGUCUUGCGAGUCUAGAGAUUUUUUUCGCUUUUCCACCUUUAUCUAAUCUGCUAAGCCUUUAAUAGCCUUUAAUAGCCUUUUAGCAGCUAAUCCCCUAAGCCUUUAAGCCUUUAAUAGCCGCUAAACCGCUAAUAGCGCUAAUAGCGCUAAUCCGUCAAUGGGCUUGCUUCGCAAGACGAAAAAACCGCUAGACGAAGACUCUCGCGGAACGGAUUAAUUUCGUCUUGCGAGGCACCACUGUACAAACAAGUUUAAAAAUUGCAGGUAGGAAAGGAGCAGCAGAAGGGGAAAAAGUAAUUGUAUUAGAGGCAUUUUUGCAAUAGGCGAGAGUUUGAUAUAUACAAAAACACGGGAGGUGGAAGUGGGAAGUCUGUCAGGAAACAAAUGUAAGUAUUUGAUUUAAAGUCAAUUUGUAAAAAAUUGGAAAUUCAGUAAAAAUUGUAUGGGGGGCGGGACAGUGUCCUGAAUCUCUCAGCGUUCAGUUUCAUUGGACGUCCACAAUUCCUAAUGUUAUGAGAGAGGGAGGAAAACUUUUCUCUUUUUCCGUGCCCUGCAUUAAUUUUACAGGCUUCUAGCAUGUCACCUCUUAUUUCCUUAACUAAGAACAUCCAAACACUGCAAGCUUUCCUCAUAGCAGAGUCAUUUUUCCUGUCCUUUUCGGAACUUUCCCCAGCUCCUUGGAGCACCCAGCGAGGUUUCUUUUAAUCGACGGUCAUGCUGUGGUGAACUAGGCUGAGGCAAUACCCCUGGGGGCACCUCUGGUUUUCCAUCCUCUUGGCCUUUUCAAAAAUACCAUUUUCUUUUUUAAAAAAAAUCCUUCCAGUCUGGCCCCAGGAAGAGUACAUCGUGGAAUACUCCUUUGAAUACGGGUUCCUUCGCUUGUCGCACAGCACCCGCCAGCGCCUCAGCAUCCCUGUCAUGGUGGUGACCCUGGGUAAGAAGCUUUGCUUUUCUGUUCAACUGAGGGUGGAGCUUUGUUUAUUUGCUGUGCCUUGUUGGGGCGGGGGCGGAGGGAGGUUGAGCAGCUGAGUACAAAUGUUGUUGUUAUUAUUAUUAUCUCUCUCUAUCUAUAUAAUUUGUUAACGGGGAAAAAUAGCUGCAAACAUAAUCAACAAUUUAAAUCAUUAAGUGUCACAGCCUGGAAGGACAAAAGUACAAAGGUUCAGCAAAGGGGAUAAUGAAGCGUUAACUCGUACAAAGAUUCUCUUUCCUGUGCUGCCACACUGAAAGAUUGAUUCCCGUGUUGCAGAAGGGAAACUGCCUUGCUCAAAACUCCACCUAGUGAGCUUAAAUGGGUGGUGGCAAGAUUUGAACCCGGGAUUGCUCCUUGUUGCUUUUAGGCCUGCGUUGGCCACUACUAGGCCCCCGCUUUUUCUUUUCCCUGUGCCAUGGUGCCUCCCUCCCAAAUCACAAAACGCCCACUCCUUCCCCUCCAGAAGUUGGAAUGUUUCUGAGCGUCCCGUGAAAUGCACAAACACCCCUCGACUUGCUUCUUCCUGCUGCUAUCAGCACAGCCAGUUUUCUUUCCGCCUGUUUUCACAAACCCUCUUCUCCAUCUUCUCCCCAGACCCCACUCGAGACCAGUGCUUUGGAGACCGGUUCAGCCGCCUGCUCCUGGACGAGUUCCUUGGCUACGACGACAUCCUCAUGUCCAGCGUGAAAGCCUUGGCUGAAAACGAAGAGAACAAAGGUUUAGCAUAUGUAUAUAAUUGGUCUCUGUUCUCACUCAGUUACAGAUCUGGGCUGGGCUGUUGCAAUGUCUGGUGGGGCAGAAGGCGGCAAGUCCAACACUAGAUGGUGCCAGAGCCAACUAAUUGGACUAAGUCCACUUUGGGAGAUCUUUGUUGCUGAAACCUCCUUGUUUUUUCCUCCUGUCCAUCCCCAUCACUGCUGCCUUCCCUUCCCUUCUGUCCUUGCUCAGGAUUCCUCCGCAAUGUGGUAUCUGGGGAACACUACCGAUUCAUCAGCAUGUGGAUGGCCCGGACCUCGUACCUGGCAGCAUUCGUCAUCAUGGUCAUAUUCGUGAGUAUUCUGUGUCAGCUCGUGGGCUGCUUUUCAGCCCCAGUAGAUCCCAGGAGAGAUCUUGAACAAUUAUUAUUAUUAUUAUUAUUAUUAUUAUUAUUAUUAAUUUUCAAUUAAAUUUGUAUCCCACCAUUCACCCUUAGAUCUCGGGGCAGUCCAAAACAUAAAAUUGCAACAACAACAAUAAUAGUAAUAAUUUAUUAUUUAUACCCCACCCAUCUGGCUGGGCUUCCCCAGCCACUCUGGGCGGUAUCCAAAAAAAUAUUAAAAUACUGUAAUACAUCAAACAUUAAAAGCUUCCCUAAACAGGGCUGCCUUUAUAUGUCUUCUAAAAGUCUGGUAGUUGUUGUUCUCCUUGACAUCUGGUGGGAGGGCGUUCCACAGGGAGGGCACCACCACCGAGAAGGCCCUCUGCCUGGUUUCCUGUAACUUGGCUUCUCGCAGUGAGGGAACCGCCAGAAGGCCCUCGGUGCUGGACCUCAGUGUCCGGGCUGAACGAUGGAGGUGGAGACGCUCCUUCAGAUAUACUGGACCGAGGCCAUUUAGGGCUUUAAAGGUCAGCACCAACACUUUGAAUUGUGCUCGGAAAAUAAGAGCAACAACAAAUCAAUGACCCCCUCCCACAACACAUUUAAAAGGAUAUUGGAUGUGAAUACCCUUUUAACAGCCUCGGGCCUGUAGACCUGAAGGAGCGUCUCCACCCCCAUCGUUCUGCCCGGACACAGAGGUCCAGCUCCGAGGGCCUUCUGGCGGUUCCCUCCCUGUGAGAAGGGAGGUUACAGGGAACCAGGCAGAGGGCCUUCUCGGUGGUGGCACCUGCCCUGUGGAAUGCCCUCCCAUCAGAUGCCAAGGAAAUAAUGGAAAUAAACAAGUAUCUGACUUUCAGAAGAAAUCUGAAAGCAGCCCUGUUCAGGGAAGUUUUCAAUGCUUAAUGUUUUAUUCUGCUGGGAGCUGCCCAGAGUGACUGGGACAACCCAGUCAGAUGGACAUCAUAAUAAUAAUAAUAAUAAUAAUAAUAAUAAUAAUAAUAAUAUCAGCCAAAGGCCUGGUUGAAGGCGAACAAUUUCACCUGGUGCCUAGAGGUGUAUAAUGAAGGAGCCAGCCAAAGCUCCCUGAGUGGUCUGUGGUUAAAAUAAUUGACUGAGAACCCAGUGAAGUUCCUCGCUGGGUGAUAUUGAGGGAUGCAGCUCAGAGGCCUUCACAACCAGCAAUGAGGUCUCGAUAAUUACUGAAAUCAUCUUUUUCAAGGGGAGAGGCUUGUUCCAUGACAGAUCACCACACCUUUAAAACAUCUGCACUACUGACAUUCAAACUUUGGGAUUGUUGAAAUAUUGUAUAUACAACAACAAAUUAAUCGAUUUGUGCGACUCAAAAAUUUUAGGCAGUGUGGACUAAAUUCGCUUCUGGGGUCCCUCUGGAAUUGGAGGCCCCGAAGCUUAAGGUUCAUUAGUUUCCUAGUUGAGCCACCCCUGGAUCACAGAGUCGGAAGGGGACCCUGAGGGUCAUCUAGUCCAACCCCCUGCAAGGCAGGAAUCUCAGCUCAAGCAUCCAUGACAGAUAGCUAUCCAACCUCUCCUUAGAAACCUCCAAGGAAGAAGAUGAUUAAAUAAGCACUGACUAUUAAAUAGCACUGGAGAUAAGAUUAUUAAAAGCUAAUUAUUUGGGAGCUCAUGUGUACAGUGCCUUCGGUAUUUAAUUCAGGCGAAAGGGCAGGUGUCUGCAACUAUUAGAAUUUUGGUUGGUUGGGGGUGGUUUUUUGGGGGGGGGUGACACUGCCCUACAUUCAUAGGGAGCUGGGGCUCUAACACUUGCCCACCCCUUCUCUUUUCCAGACUCUGUCUGUCUCCAUGCUUCUGCGAUACUCGCACCACCAGAUCUUCGUUUUUAUUGGUAAGUAUUUCAUCCGGUCUUGCUGGCUUUCCGAGAGCCCAAGUGGUCCGUUUGCUGGAGGACAAAGACAGCAGUUUUCUUCUUUCCCCAACCCCCUGGGUAGAGGGUUCAAACAAGACUUGCCACUUCCGAUCAGUCAGCAUCAGAAGGUCCACAGUUUGAAGGGAACCCAAGGGUCAUCAUUCCUGCAAUGCAGGAAUCUCAGCUAAAGCAUCCAUGACAGCCUAACCUCUGCUUAAAAACCUCGACAACCUCCUGAGAGAGACCUUGUAUAUAACAGUUAGAGAAUGUGAGGCCAUUGUUGAAGCGGCUGCUCUGGCUGACCACUUUACUGCUAGUCCAGGUUCAGGGUUCUUGUAUUAAUUAAUUUUAAAAGCCCUGAACAGCUUAGGCCCAGGGUUCCUCAGGGGCUUCCUGAGCCCUUAUAUUCCAGCUUGAUCACUGACAACACCUGCAGGAGCGUCGCUGGUCAUUCCCCGAGUCGGUGAGGCUGGUUUGACAACAAUGAGAAACGGAGCCAUUAUUGUAAUUGGCCCAGUCCUGUGGAACUCCCUCCCACUAGAGCAGUGGUUGUCAAAGGGUGUCGGAAGAGAGGAUGGCAAGUGUGGCAGGAAGAUUCAAGGGCAAUCAAAUAAAUUUUGAACAGUUUUUAUGUAACUGUGUUGUUUUAUACUUUCUGGAUCAUAUUAGGAAGUAGUUGUGUUCUAUAUUAUAAAACAAGCACUGCUAGGUUUUUUUGUUUUGUUUUCCAGUGUAUUUCUUAUUGAUAAAAAAAUGGGUGUGGUGUGAGCAAACUUUUAUUCUGAAAAUGUGACUCAGAGAAAAAAGUUUGAGAACCACUGCACCAGAGAUUUAGCAGGUGCCUUCUGUGCCAAUUUUUAAACACCGGCUGGAAACUUUUCUAUUCCACCCAGCCUAUACAGGCGAUGAAGAAUGGUUAAUUGGUGUCUAACUUUUUAAUUUUAAUUGGGACGUGGGUGGCGCUGUGGGUUAAACCACAGAGCCUAGGACUUGCCGAUCAGAAGGUUGGCGGUUUGAAUCCCCACGACGGGGUGAGCGCCCGUUGCUCGGUCCCUGCUCCUGCCAACCUAGCAGUUUGAAAGCACGUCAAAGUGCAAGUAGAUAAAUAGGUUCCACUCCAGCGGGAAGGUAAACGGCGUUUCCGUGCGCUGCUCUGGUUCGCCAGAAGCGGCUUAGUCAUGCUGGCCACAUGACCCGGAAACUGUACGCCGGCUCCCUUGGCCAGUAAAAAAAAGAGAGAGAGAGAUGCAGUGGUAUGAUAAUUUAACUUAAUUUAUUUACAAAGUUAAAAAUAAUAUUUUGAAGCCAAGUUGUAGUUAGCACUAACCACAGUUUGUCGACCGAGAUGUGCUAAACAAAAUUUGGCAAAAUUUGCAGCCUCUCUCUUGCCUCUGCUUUUUGCAUUCCUUCUAAUUGGAGAUCAACCCUGGGGUCAUCUGUGUUGAGGGGUUCCUCUUCUCCCACCUGGGGCUACAACUGCCUCCUCUCCUCUUGAAUGUUUUCCUCCUCCCUCUCACAGUGGACCUUCUGCAAAUGCUGGAGAUGAACAUGACCAUUGCCUUCCCGGCAGCCCCGCUGCUGACCGUCAUCUUGGCUCUCGUGGGUAAGGAGACCGCCUCGCAGGAAUGUCAGGAACUGCCUUUGAUAUACCAGGCCCAUUAAUUCUGUCUCUUACAUCUUGCGCACCACCUUUUCCUCCCAAGGAGCUCAAGGUGAUGGGCACGAUUCUUUCCCCUCCCCGUUUUAUCCCCCCAGCAGCCCUGUGAGGGAGGCUAGGCUGGAAAAGAGUCAGAGGCUACUGGCCCCUGGUCACCCAGUGAGCUUCAGUGGCUGAGUGGGGAUCUGAACCUUAGGUCCUGAGACCAGUUCCUGGGAAUCACAAGCGGGGAGAGUUGCUGCUGUUGCGCUGUGCUCAGGCCCUCAGGGGUGGGUGGGGGUGGGGGACUCCCUGGUCCUUCGUGGGGUAACUGUGCCCCUGAAGGACCAGGUGCUCAGCCUGGGGGUCAUUUUUAACUCACAGCUGUCCAUAGAGGUGCAGAUCAAUUCUGCGUCCAGGGCGGCUGUCUACCAGCUCCGUCUGAGACCCUCCCUGCCUGCACCCUGUCUGACCAGAGUGGUCCAUGCUCUGGUUAUCUCCCACUUUGACUACUGCAAUGUUCUCUCUGUGGGGCUACCUUUAAAGGUGACUCAGAAACUACAACUAAUCCAGAAUGUGGCUGCUGGGACCCAAAGACCUGCAUAGGCACCCAGUAUGUUUCCGAGCACAAUUCAAAGUGUUGCUGCUGACCUUGAAAGGCGUAAACGGCCUCAGCCCUGUAGACCCAAAGGAGCACCUCCCCAUCAUUCAGCCCAGACACUGAGGUCCAGCUCCAAGGGCCUUCUGGCAGUUCCCUCAUUCCCUCCUUGCGAGAAGUAAGGCUACAGGGAACCAGGCAGAGGGCCUUCUUGGUGGUGACGCCCACCCUGUGGAGCACCCUCCCAUCAGAUGCCAUGGAGAUAAAGAACUGUACAACUUUCCAAAGACAUCUGAAGGCAACCCUGUAUGGGGAAGUUUUUCAUGGUUGUUGUUUUACUGUGUUUUUAGUAUUUUGUUGGGAGCCACUCAGAGUGGAUGGGGCAACCCAGUCAGGUGGGCAGCAUAUACAUAAUAAGGAUAAUAAUUCUCAUCUGGGGCAUCUGAUUGGUCACUGUGAGGAGAGGAUGCUGGACUAGGAGGCCCUUGGCCUGAUCCAGCAGACUCGUCUUGCAUCACUCUUGGGAUGCUGAGCUCCCUGAUGACUUGCUGGCCUUCUCUCUCCCCUCCUCUCCUUCAUCCUGUGGCAGGCAUGGAGGCGAUCAUGUCCGAGUUCUUCAACGACACCACCACAGCCUUCUACAUCAUCCUCAUCGUGUGGCUGGCAGACCAGUACGACGCCAUCUGCUGCCACACCAACACCAGCAAGAGGCAUUGGCUCAGGUAAGGGCACACGGAGCUUCCAGUUCCUGGUGUUCAUAGGCCUCCUUUUCUCCCAGCCCGCUUGAGGUGGCCUGUGACGUCCUCCUUCCACCCCUUCUUUAUUCAUGCAAUGGCUCUGCGAGAUAGGUUGUGGUUCCUGCAUUGCGGUGGGGUUGGGCUAAGUGACCCUGGCGUUCAUUGCGGCUCUGCAAUUCUUUGGUUCUAUGAGAGGCAAGGGACAGGCCCCAGGGUCACACACAGUGAGCUUCAUUGCCAAGUGUGGGACUUGAAACAUGGUCUCCCGGUCAGCGUUCGAAAUUAGCCAGGAACCAGGCACAUUUUGCACCUGCCUGUUGUCCACUUGCGACCAAGGGAAGAUGCCUGAGUGCCAGGAUGGCGCUUGAUGUCCCCACCACCUGGAGGUGCCUGCCUGGGGAUCCCUGGAUCUGGUCUGUUUUCACACACUAGCAACACAUCCUGUAGAAUUCUACCCAUUUUAUUUUAUCUGCAAAAUCAGAAUGAAUUUCAGGAACCAAAAAGUCAUACUGAAAAAUACGAUUUCCUGCUUCCUGGCAGCAAAAUGGCAACUAGGCAUUCUGUUUUGGCAGCUGUAACCCUGGUUUAAGGAGCCAUUUGGAGCCUAGCUUUUAUUUCUGAGUUUCUAACACCACUCACAGCUCAGUAACUGCUGCACCACAUUGGCUCUCUUCUGUGCCAGAUCUGACCACUGAACUCAGCCCUGUCUGUUUCCAAUGGUCCUUUAUUUGGUUGACUUCCCAACCUUCUUCCACAAUGUUUCCGUUCCCAUCUUUCAGUUGUGUGGCAGGGGAGAGGUGGAUUUGAGAGAGAGAGAGAGUUUAUUUCACUGUACUUACACUGUUAAAUUGUAAGAAAAGAGCUAGCAACAAUAACUUAAAACCUUCAGAAAGUUAAUAUAGCAAUAGACUAGAAACAGAUUAAGACACACAUCAACUUUCUGGGUUGUUGGCAUCUGUCUGUCUCGAGAGACAACGGAGUGCACCUCUGGGGGUGAAGCCAAACUGCUGUGUGAGCAGCAACGAUGUGACCUCCCUGGGGUGCAGGCCUGGGCUGUGUGUCUGGAGAUCCUGGGCUGCCCAGAUGGCAAGACCUGCCUUUCAGCCUUGCUGGUGUCCAAAGGAAAGCAGAGCAAGAUCUUUGGCACCAGCUUGACUGCAGGAGUUGCUGGAAGGAGGCGGACAAGGUGCCAUCCAACCGCUUUAGGGACUCCGCUCUGGAUUGUGUAGGGUUUAUUCCUGAGCCUUUUCUUCUCCCAAAUAUAUUCCUCAAGGCAGCAGAGGUUUAGGAUCAGAGUUUUCCUUCUCCCAGAUGGGCUCCCUUCCCAGGCAGAUUCCACAGACCCCCCCCACUUCCCUCCACAGCAUGUUCAGAAAUCCCUUUCUAAACAGGCAUGUUUUUAGCAGGCGCGGAAAAGAGCACAGCGAAGGCACCUGCCUGGCAUCAGUAGACAGGGAGUUCCACAGGUGCUGCCAUGAUAAAAGGUCGAGUUCUUAUAAAUGUGGAAACGGUCUUUAUGUGGAGUCUGUAACAGGGCUAGUACAGCUGAUCCAAGAGGUCAGUACCCAUCAUUCUGCCCUAACUGCAGCUUCAGAUCAAGUGUGAUUGAAGCCCUACGGAGCGUGUGCUGCCGCAAUCCAGUAUUGAUAUAUGUGCUUUAACCCCCUUUCCCCCAUGUCUCUGUUCCUCUCCAGGUUUUUCUACUUGUACCAUUUUGCCUUUUAUGCCUACCAUUACCGCUUCAAUGGGCAAUACAGCAGCUUGGCCCUGGUCACAUCGUGGCUUUUCAUACAGGUACGUUGGCAAUUUCACCAUGUUUGUCUGGAGUGCAGGAAAACCCAUUCAGGAUGUAGAACUAACCAUAGCAAGGAAGCAGGAUGAUGUUGAACUCAGCCGGACUUUGUGGAACAGUAGAGGGAGCUGGGCGCAUUUAGCCUGGAACCAGCAUUCAAAAUUUCCCAGGCGGAUUUUGCACCUGGCUAUUGGCCACUUGCAACCGAGUGAAGAUGCCGAGAUGGCUCCUGACAUCUCCACCAUCUGGAGGUGUUUGCCUGGAGAUCCUUGGAUAUUGACUGUUUUCACAUACUGCGGAAUUCUGUCCGUUGUAUUUUAUCCGCAUGAUCAGAAAAAAACAAAUUUCAGGAGCCAAAAAGUUGUGUUGAAAAAAUACAAGUUUCAAGCUAUCUGGCCCCAAAAUGGCAACUAGGCGUUCCCUUUUCGGCAACCGUAACCUUAGUUUAAGGAGCCAUUUGGAGCCUAGACAUAAAAAUGUUUCUUCAUCAUCAUCAUAAUUUUAUUAUUCAUGUGCUGUUCAUUUGACUCGGUUGCACCAGCCACUUUGGUUGGCUUCCAACAAAAUAUUUAAAACACAAUGCAACAUCAAUCAUGAUGAACAUGCUACCUUCAGAUGUAGUUCAGUUAGUUCCUUUUACUGUGUUGUGAAAACAUCAAUAAAAAAGUUCAAAAAAGGGGCACAGAAUUCUGCAUUCUUCAGUGGUGGGCCCAGGUUAUUUUGGUGUGUAAGCUUUCUUUUAAAAACACCCAGUUUUGCCCAAGGGGCUGGGAGGGGGAAGCAGGCAGCGGAAUGGGCCACGAUUCAGAAGGCUUGGCCAGUGUGGAUGUCAGCCGCCUUUGCCCCCAGCUCACCCCCUCUGCCCCUUGCCUUUCCCACAGCAUUCCAUGAUCUACUUUUUCCACCACUACGAGCUGCCGGCCAUCCUGCAGCAAAUCCGGAUCCAGGAGAUGUUGCUCCAGAACCAGCAGGGUGGAGCCCAGACCACCCUGCAGGACAACCUCAACAACAACAACACGGUUGCCCCCGCCGACCCGGCCGGCCCGCGGCCCCACCUGGACAGGGGCCCCGCUGGGGACGGCCCCCUGGCACCCGAGGAUGCCCACACAGCAGCCGUCGUAGCCGCCACGGUGGCCUCCCUGGGCGACAACUUCAACUGGGUGGCGGAGACAGCCGUCAUCGCGGAGGCCUCCUUCAUGUCCAACCUGAGCGGCUCCCUCCUGGACCCCAGCGUCACGCCAGAAGCCGCCGGGCCCAGCGGGGACCUUCAGGACGUGGCGUCGGCCUCGAGCGUCAUGACCCGCCUCCUGGUCAGCAGCGACCUCGCAGAGGCUCCUGUAGGGUCCAUUGCCAUCGAGGUCACGUCCACCGCUGGGGUUCCCUCACCAGGCGGAUCGGCCUCUGCUGCUGCCGCCACCACCCCCCUCAGUCCAGCCCAUGAGGACAUCCCACAGCCUCCAGAGAGCUCAGCUGGCCGCGGCAAACCUCCGGACACAGACUGCCUCGCAGGCUGCUGUCCACUCGGCUCUGCUGCAAGCGGGGCCCCGGGCGAGGCCUCCGAGGAGGGACUCGCGCAGGCGGACUCCUCGGCGCCGGCGCCUUUGGACAGUGCGGCUGAUGCGGGCCCAGAUUCCCACUGCCUCUCCUGA